AUGAGUAGUAAUUUUGUGCAAAAGGAACGAAAUUGGCAUGCCUUCAACCUACAUGCAUGCAUAUGUGCACGCUAUGUGGGACAGUGGUUUCAAUGGCAGGUAAGUACGAGGUAUUUUCACAUCUGUAAAACGGUAAAAAAUAACAGGAUAACAUUAUAUACGAACCGGUUAUUAUACAAUUCGAAAACCGUGAUACAGACGCUUUUGCGUUUUUUAGGAAUCCCCAUCGAUGAUUCUUCCUUGGAACUUGUACAGCAUGUUCUGAGAAUGCCACAUUUACUUUUUACAUGUCAUUAUCAUUUCAAUAAUGCUCAGGAAUAUUAUUUCAUCAACUCCCAUUAA